AUGGGAAAGAGAUUUUUAUUUACUUCAGAAUCUGUUGGUGAAGGUCACCCUGAUAAGAUCUGUGAUCAAGUUUCAGACGCGAUUUUAGAUGCUUGUUUGCGUGAGGACCCACUUUCAAAGGUUGCAUGUGAAACUGCCGCAAAGACUGGUAUGAUCAUGGUUUUCGGUGAAAUCACCACUAGAGCUAACUUGGAUUACCAGAAAAUUGUUAGAGAUACCGUCAAGAAAAUCGGAUAUGAUUCAUCCGAAAAGGGGUUUGACUACAAGACGUGUAACGUGAUGGUUGCAAUUGAGCAGCAGUCUCCAGAUAUCGCCCAGGGGUUGCAUUACGAGAAGGCUCUUGAGGAGCUUGGAGCAGGUGACCAAGGUAUUAUGUUUGGUUAUGCUACCGAUGAGACUCCUGAAGGUUUGCCUUUGACUAUUCUAUUGGCUCAUAGAUUGAACAUGGCUAUGGCUGAUGCUCGUAGAGAUGGGUCUUUGCCAUGGUUGAGACCUGACACCAAGACUCAAGUUACCGUUGAGUACGAGGACGACAAUGGGCGCUGGAUUCCAAGACGUAUUGACACAAUUGUCGUUUCUGCCCAGCACUCAGAAGACAUCAGUACUCCGGAAUUGCAAAAACAGAUCCGCUCUGAGAUUGUCAACAAGGUGAUCCCAGCUGAGAUGUUGGACGAAAACACCAAAUACUACAUCCAACCAUCUGGAAGAUUCGUCAUUGGUGGUCCACAAGGUGACGCUGGUUUGACUGGUCGUAAGAUCAUCGUCGAUGCCUACGGUGGUGCUGCCUCUGUCGGUGGUGGUGCUUUCUCUGGUAAGGACUACUCCAAAGUUGACCGUUCUGCCGCUUACGCCGCCAGAUGGGUUGCUAAGUCUUUGCUUGCUGCCGGUCUCUGUAAGCGUGUCCAAGUAGAGUUCUCUUACGCCAUUGGUAUCGCUGAGCCAUUGUCCAUUAACGUCGAGACUUACGGUACUGGUUCCAAGAGCGACGAGGAAAUCCUUGAAAUCAUCAAGAACAAUUUCGACCUAAGACCAGGUGUCUUAGUCAAGGAAUUGGAUCUUGCAAAGCCAAUCUAUUUGCCAACGGCCUCAUAUGGCCACUUCACCAACCAAGAAUACUCUUGGGAAAAGCCAAAGAAGUUGAACUUUUAA